GCCCCAGAUGAGGGACUCAGACCUCCGGGAAUGACAGCCGCUGUCACCGGGAGUGACAGCUUCCACUCUCAGCUACUCCGCUAAAACACCCUCCAGCUUGACACUCAACACUGAUCCGGAUUGGAUCCACAGCCAGACCAGGACUAUGCCAGAGAUGGAGAAAGGGAGACCACCGGAAAAUAAACGCAGCAGGAAACCUGCGCACCCCGUAAAGAGGGAGAUCAACCAGGAGAUGAAGACGUUUGCAGAAAGCACCAUGAACGAGCUGCUGGGAUGGUACGGCUACGACAAGGUCGACCUCAGAGACUCGGAGGCCAACGAGAUCAGAAACUACCGAGAGAGACGGCAGCAUGUGUCUGUGCUAAAAGAGAACUCAUUGCCAAAUCCCAAGAGCCUGGACACCAAAGUGGGUCACUCGGUCCUCGCCAUGAAGAGCGGAGAGAGAGAGUCCUCCAGCGUCCCCUCCUCUUCACCUUCGUCCUCCUCUAAGAGUUCAUCACUGACCAGCCCCAAGGAGCACAAGAGUGCCCCGGUCAUCGUCCCCCUUAUAAAACCAUCAGCAGUGGAAGAUGUGCAGAAUGUGCAGAUCGUGUGUGUUUGGUGCCAGAAGGAAGGCGUGAAGCGCUACUCUCUGUGCAUGGGCUCAGAGCUCAAGAGCUUCUGCAGUGAGAAGUGUUUCGCCGCCUGCAGACGGGCCUACUUCAAACGCAAUAAGGCCAGAGACGAAGACCUCCAUGGUGAGAGAUCCCCUCAGCACCCUCAUGCAGAGGACUCGCCCAGACUGGUGCUGAAGAUAAACAGCAACGUCAGAGUAUGUGACUGGUGCAAGCAUGUCCGUCACACUAAAGAGUACCUGGACUUUGGAUCUGGUGAGGAACGACUCCAGUUCUGCAGCACCAAGUGUCUCAAUCAGUACAAGAUGGAUGUUUUCUACCGAGAAGCCCGCGCGGCUCUCACCAGCUCCAGCCCCAGCAGACCCAGCCAGGAGGGGGGCCGGGCCGACACCAUCCUGGCCGGGCAGAAGCUUCUCACUCCGGAGUCCUGGAGCAGCAGCAGCAGCCUGGGAGACCCUCGCCACAGAAACCUUUCCCCAAGAGGGCCAACACCAAUCCAUGGACCGGCAGAAUCCACCUCCAUGUCCCCCUCAGAAGCAUCCUCUUCCAAUUCCAAGAUCCCCGUCUCUGGGCUGAGGACCCUGGAGAGACCCAUCCAGCCUCCUCCUCCUACUAAGGAGGUGUCUCCCCACCCUACUCCCCAUCAUCCUGCUCCUCAUCCUCGCCCCCCUCUGGAGCAUCAACCUGUACCUCAAAUGCCCAUGCCCUUCAUCAGACCUCCUCUUCAUGCUCAGGGCCUGAAAAGCCCCCUUGCAAACCCUCCCAGACACCCUGGCCCCCCUUCCAGCCCCAUCCACAGACCUCCUCACUCUCCUCACCUGCAGCCCCCGACCUCCUCCAUGAACCCCCCUGGACUGGUGCAUCCCUUCCCAGGAGCCUACUUCCCUGGCUUGCACUCCCCUCCUAUAAACAUGAUGCCAAGAGGUCCGGUCCCAAUGCCCCACAUGAUGAACUAUGGGAUCCCUUCCUUUAGCCCUCUUCUGCCCCAACCCACCGUCCUGGUGCCUUAUCCAAUCAUCGUCCCCCUUCCUGUCCCCAUACCCAUCCCUAUCCCCAUCCCAGUCCCUUCUAAGGCACCGGUAGAAACUCCCAGUCACAGUGGUGUUAUCCAGCCCGUGCCAGAAGGGGUAGACCGGGGCAGAUCCAGGGCUACCAGACCACCAUCUCCAGGGAUUCAUGAAGGGGGCAGCAGAUUGAUAACCAACAAAUUGGGUGGAACCUUGACUCAAGGUCUUCCCUCGCCAAGUGACCCCAACACAGAUUGGGUGAAAUCAGAGAGGCCAUUCCCGUCCCCAACCUCCACCCCCCACAGUGGAGCGUCGUCCCCCAGAGCCCAGUACAACGAGUCCCCCUGCUCGGCCUCAGGCUCAGAGGGGCUCACAGACUAUAAGCAGCAGCAGUCAGAGCGGCAAGUCAUCCAACGGGUUCUUCAGAGGACCCAGGUGAAGCCCAGUGCCAAUGGAAUGGUGGACCUAUCAGGACUGGGAGAGUCAGGAACUGGGCAGGGUACCAGAUCAGGGCUCCACGACAUCAUCAGGCCCACCCCUCUUCUACCACAAUCCCCUUCACACGACACUGUCUACCACCACCAGGACCCCCAUACCCCGCCUCCACACACACCCCCCAGCCCCACAGGGAGCAGCCAUCCAUACGAUGCCACAUCCUCUGCCCUGAAUUCUCAGAACCACAGUCCAAACGGGAUGUCCUCCUCACCCACAGCCGCCAGCCCGGACUCCCCCUCACCCCAGAGAGUACCAGCACCGCCCCUUGACCCCGCGCUCAACGAGCUGGAGGCCAUCAAAGAGAACAAGUGCUCUGUUGUUGGUUCGGUGCACACUGAGGGCCCGGUCGGUCAGGCAGAAGAGCCCUUAGCGGUAGUCGGGGAGGUAGGAGAGGACCCCCAUGUUCCCGAUGAGGACCAUGCCUAUGCCCUGCCCACAGCGCCAAAGACAGGUGGGACCACCACCCCGCUGCUCUUGCCCAAACUCAGGGACAAGGGCAGCCUGAGGAGCCCUGCUAACAUGCCAAGUGCAGGAGACAUGGAGCCAGCUCUGAAGAGGCGAUGCCUACGAAUCCGAGAUCAGAAUAAGUAGAGGAUGGAGACUCCCUGUUUAACACUGUAUGGCGGUGCCAGAUUCAGUGCCACGCCCUCUAGUGGACAGCGCCAGCGCUAACACCUGCAGCCAGCAGGGUCUCAGCCUGCAGAGCAGCAGGAGGCGACCAGGAAGCUCCAGACGGAGAUUCAUCUCUUCAGCGUGGAAGAAGAAGAACUCAGACACUUUCUGAUUGGACCAAAGAGGAUCAACGGCUCGUCUGUUUGAUGUGUUCAGUGAUACGAAGCGUCUCACUUCAUCUUCAUCAUCAUCAUCAUCUUCAUCACCUCCCCAAACUCUG